AAUCCAUUCUGGAAGCUUGCGUGGUUUGUGGUGGUUUGUAGCGGUCGGCUGUGCAAUGGGCUGAUGUGAAACUCCCAAGGGUGUUUGCCCCACACAGUGAAACUAUGGCAUCACACAAAGCUACUCGUACAGUGCCAGUGGAAGUGCCUACCUCAGAAGAGAUUAUUGCUAAGCUGGACACUAUAAGUGCAAAUAAAGUCACAGAAAUCUUGCCCAAGUUCUACGCUGCACUACUGUGCGACAGCACCUUGCUUUUAGGAACACAUAGCACACUUGUACAAGAUGCUACCUCAACGCUUCAGGACGUCUUUCCAACAAUAAAUCUCGAAGAUAUCAUCUCAAGUGUGACAGGUGCUGAAAUAUCAUCCAAGGCCUCCUGUGAUACCCUUGCAUUAGCAGGCAAGCUAAUGCAUAACAAGGCAGAAACAGCCAAGAGUUGCACCGAUAAUGUGCUUAACACUGGCAUAUUAGAAGGAAGCAAACCUGUGAGCAGCAAUGAGGAUGAUUUAACAUGCGUGGACAACAGUCCUGUAGAAAUGGACCGCGUGACAGAGACACCACAGGAAUGUGUACAGCAGACUCGUGUGAGCAGAUAUUGUGAAAUGAUGUGCCAAUGGGAAAUACAAAUGGACACAGUCCCAGAGACAUCGGCAUCACAAGUGUUCACACCAAACUGUGUUGCAGCAGGAAGUGCAGUAAGCAAUAAAUUGUCCGAUUGCGAACUUCAGCAAAAUGUCACCUGUGUGGCGGACAAGGACAGCAUCCAACAGUGCAGGCCUCGUCGGCUUUUCAGCAGUACACCUAAGAUAACCGAUCCAGUAGGCGAGUCUCAAGGCUUCCCAGUGUCACAGUUUUUGGCUGAGGAGCAGAUUCCUGACAGUCAGAGUGAUAGUAAUUCGCAGUCGUCUGAUAUGACAACAAGCAGACUGCUAUGGACCCCUGGGGACACCGCCAUCAUUCAAAAGUUGCAACUAGGCAGCGUCAGUGAAUGCGACGACGAAGAUCCUAUGCCUGGUAGCAUGUCGAGCAGCAAAGGAGAAGAAACGAGUGCAACACCUCCACAAAAAUCGACAUCUAGAAGUAACACCAACGAAAGAGCAGAGCCCUUGCAGCACGAGGCUGAACAUAAGACACUGUCUGAUGUCGUAGCUGAAGAUGAGUCAGAUCCUUGUAAUACAAGUAGUGGCUCGCACAGUGAGGCAUGCGGAUCCUUACACAGCGCAGAAUCUCCACAAGAUCUCCCAGGAAACGGCAAGCCAGAGGGAAGUCCUGUGAAAAGUGCAACAACAAUGACAAAAAAGACCUCGUUGUUCGGCGCAUCAGAGAGUUCUGAAUCUGAAACUGCAGUGAAACAUAAGGUUUCUGAUUGUGACGCAGACCUACCUUGCAACAAAAGAACUUUAUCUAAUCUAUCACAAGACAGUAAAGACAACCAACCCUUAAAGAAGCCUUGUCCUAUGCGUGUCAACGUUAUCUCGCCAGUGGUUAAACUGACACGUUUGUCGCCUAAUCUCAUAUCCCGCAUCUCUGAUAUAGGAGAUUGGGUUACGCAACCAAAUGUGCACAAAAAUGGUGCUACACAACGAACGACAGCGGUUGCAACAGAAUAUAAAUGCAGCGAGGGUUCCGAGCAGCGCUCUAAAGAACACACGCAAUGCUUGUCCAAUUAUUCGCACGAGGGAAGCGACAAAGUAAGGUCUUCGAUCGAUGCUCCUGAAUCGGUGGAUCGGAAUGUAAGCCACAUUUGUGAAAGAGAGUCUCCCGAUACGGAAGCUGACAGCGUUGCACCAAUCAGUGUCGUCCAAACGGAACAGGAACAACAUUCGGAAGCAAGGAAAAUUUGUGAACCUGGUGAGCACGACAAGUCGUUAGAAGCUACGGACCUGGAGCGCGAAGCCACAGUGUCGACCAGAGCCUUGGAAGGGACAUCUAACGUCAAAGAGUCUGUUGUUUCUAGUGGGAACAAAAGUGAAGUUUCAGGACACGACGAAAGUAACAAUGCGACAGAAAGUAUAGAAGAGAGUGAUGAUUCCUUCCCUUGUUUGCCGACGGGCAUUCAAGCUCGCGAAAGUGACGCAAGCGUUGUCGUACUGUCGGAGGAAGCAGCCGCAACCAAUGCACCGCCGGCACGAGAAAUGAGACGUAGAAGGCAAAAGACAAGUGGUCGGCCCACAGUGGAAAUAAGUCUUCAGGCAAGAAUGUUAGAACAUGCUCGUGACCAGGAGGGAGCGCAGAACGGAAACUGCGAGCAAGUUGUUAAUGUUCGAUGUCGUAGAAAGCCCAUUGCCUUCAGCGGCCUUGAAGAAGAAGCCAUCUUCUAUGGUGUCGCGAAAUAUGCGGGAGAUAACAUGAUAUGGAAAAAGAUACACAUGGAAGGCGGAUUUGUGGGUCGCAAAACCACGGACUUGAGGGACAAGUUCAGAAACCUUGAAAGCAAUCCUGAGGCAUAUAAGUUUGUAAAGAGCAGAGUUAAAGAGAAGCGUGAACAGAAGAUUAACCCACUGAAAGAGCUGCGGGAAUAUAACAAAAAUAAAAAGCAGUCCUUGACAGAGCGUGACACACUGCUGCGUUAUGCUCCAUUGUUUCCAAGGAGACUAGAAAAUUGUGCCUUCGCAAGCAGCAAGACACAAGAUGACGAAACGGUCUCCAGUGAUGAGGGUGUGACAUUGGUGGCACGCGUGCGUGAGAGCGAAGAGCAGAAGGGUGCAGUACCGCUGAGGGGCACUCAAACCCCUAAUUCAGUUAAAAGUGGCAGAGGGCAAAAAGCAAGGAGGAGUCCGUGGUACUCGAAGAGAACGAAAAAGCCUACAGAGAUCAGUGCCAAGUGCCCUGCUGUUUCAACGACCAAAAAAGGCACAAGCUCGACAUCCGGGCGAGCCACGGUUACGGAGGCAGACGUUGAUGACAGGGACAAAGAUUCCGUAAUACAGGACUCGUCUAUCGAAGGCAGUCCACCGUCUGCAGCGCAGGGUACCAGUGUUGCUACACGCGGAACAGGAAAGAGGAAAUUCUACUGCGAUGCAGAAGUUGAGGCUCUCGUAUACGGAGUGGUGAAGUACGGCAGAGGACAUUGGGCACUCAUUAAGAGGCUCGGUGGAUUUCACGAUCGCUCCUCGAUUGACCUUUCAGAUAAGUACAGGAACUUGGAGCGCUCGGCCAAGAAUCUGUCAAAGCUUAAGGAUAAAGUUAGAGAAAAAGAGAGAAAAGGAAAGAAUCCACUCGAGAUGUGGAAAAACAGAAGCGCGCAAAGAUGAGACGGGCCUUUCAUCUUGGGACAUGUUUCGUGUGUGCUGUUAAUUUUAAUUUAUUAUAAUUUUAAGGACACCAAAGAAUCAUACGAACAUAAUAAAGACAAAUGCUUUUAAUA